GCGGCGAUGCAACGGGACCGACCGCUCGCGAGCCUCCCCCCUUGAUAAUUCUAAUACAAAGCGAAAAACGGCUAACGGGACUUCAGCAGUACGGGACAUAAAACAUAGGUUUUGUUAUUAAAAAAUAAGACUUCAGCGGCUCCAGCGAGGCCAUUGUGGGAAAGUUUGGAACCACCGGAGGUGUGGAGGACAGGUCGGCGUACUCAAGUUACCAAAAAACAUCAGAAACUUGCAAGCUAGCAAAGAGACGGAGGCGAAAAGGACACUGUCAGAGCCAGUGUCUCAUCUACUAUCCUCCAUCUCCAAGGAAAUGAAUCAUUUGAUGGCAAUGCAGCUGUCAGUCACACUCAGUUAAAUGUUAGUACUACUUGAGCAGAUAUCGCUCGGCUGGCCGAAGAGGAAAAAGAAGAAAGGGGCUGCUAAAGGUGCUGGAAGAUGUCUCUCUGGAUGAUACUGCCUGUCAGUCUCCCAGUUCUGACUAUAACUGGGAUAUGGGUUGUGUACGCCAUGGCCCUGUACAAUCAACAUGUCUGCCCUGUGGAUAACUGGUUGUACAACCAGUCAUGUGAAGAGGACCUGUAUUUACAGAGUGGGCCAACCUUGUGCUGCACGCUAGACAAUGUACCUCUCAUCAGUAAAUGUGGAACUCUUCCCCCCGAGAGCUGCUUCUUCAGCCUUAUCUGCAGCACAGGCUCGUUCAUGGUUAUGGUGAUUGUGCUGCUCCGUUAUGCCCACGUCAUUGAGAAGCACCAAAAUUGUGUUCUCAACACGGCGAGUCUCUCCACAGGCUGGAUCUGUGCUGCUGGACUCAUCAUGGUGGGCAACUUCCAGGUGGAUAAUGCCAAAGUUCUCCACUAUGUCGGAGCAGGCAUUGCCUUCCCCACCAGUAUGCUGUUUGUGUGCCUGCAGUCGGCACUGACUUACCGACUGGCCAAGACCCAGGGAGAGUACAACGUGGCUCACCUCCGGCUCUGCAUGACCCUGUUGGCCUUCGUAGCCUUGGUGCUCAGUGGUGUGUUUUUCUGUCAGGAAAGCUUCGUCCUUCAACACGCGUCGGCCAUCUUCGAAUGGGUGUUCUGCGUCAUCGUCAUGCUGUUUUAUGGGACAUUUGCCUUUGAGUUUGCCGGCAUGUCAUCAGACACCAUGGUGGUGCUGGCUAGAGGGACCCUGGGACCUGCUGGGAGAGAACACAAGAUGGACGGUCUUGGAUCACUGGCAGGGCCCAUGCCACACUCACAACCACACCAACCUGAAAACAUGUCCAUACUGUAGCCUGCUGGCACAUCGCAAUGCCACGUAGUUGGCUUGUUUUUUCCUUUCAAACUCUGGUUGUCGAAUGAGUUUAAUUAUUCAUUUCCAGCCGCAUUUGUCUGAAGCUUUGAAAUGAACCAGACCAGUGCAGCCACCGCUCGUGGCAAAGUGGAUUCUACUACGUCAACCCCAGGUGUGUAGAGCUGCUGCCACGGCGGAGAGCUUAGCUUGUGUUGUGCUCACGUCAGAGCUCGGUGUGUCUAAAGAACUUGUAUUUUGCACGUUGCACAAGUGUGAAACCAAAUUUUCUCCCAGCUCAGUCCUGUGACCAGCAGAGGAGUAUUUUAUCAAUCAGAUCAAGAGAGUGUUCCCCCCUGAGAUCCUGUAACCUAUAUUAAUAAGUGGCCUUGGACUAUUUCCACUUCAGGUGACUGCCAUGAUGCUUUCAUUGUAUGUAAAGGAGUGAAGGCUGCUGGACGGCCGAGUGGACAGUAUUACAGCAGUGAGACAGAGAGAAAAGCAAAGAGAGAAGAUUGUGUGUGAAUGUUAGAGGGAGAUGUUUUCCCACGAGAGAAUUGAUGAAUGCAAUACAUUCAAAGAAGCAAUGACUAUGCUUACAUGCACCAAAUAUUCAGUUCUUUUCCCCCUUAUUCCGAAAAGACAGUAUUCCCACUAAGCUGUUUACAUGACUAACAAAAAUGAAUAUUCUACUAAUAUUCUUGUUUACAUGCAGCUGUGCAUACUUUGAUUAAUGUGCCCUAACGUGUUGUUUAUCACGUCAUCAGAGUCUUUCAUAAUGUUUAAAAGAAGGUGUAUUUCUCCUUCUAGAAGUGUGUGUAUUUCUUUUGGGCACACUCUAACCCACAGCCCUGCAAACUGUUGGCGAGUUGGUUUGUGUGCAAUGUAACCUUGACAACACACAGAGCUGACCGUAAACAAACAGGAGGCCAUAUGCUACAAACUGCAGUAAAAACCCCAAUUGACACACAUAUUCCAAAUAUGCUUUAUACAUGUCAUAAAAAAGGAAUGCUCCUAAAACCAGAAUGAUCCCAUCAUAUCCCAAGUCUUAUUCGGACAAUGCUACAUUCUGAAUAAGACAUCAUUUGUUAUACCCAAACAGAAUAUGCUGUUUACAUGACCCCUAUCAAAUUGAGAAUACUGUCAUACCUGGAUUAACGGUUAAACAUAUUGUGCAUGUGAAUAUAGCCAUUGUCAAAUAAAGGAGUAUAUAAAUGUUUGAGUCAAUCCUGUAGAUAGAACAGAGCAGUAGUCUGCAUUUUGCAAUCAUUUUAACCUGCAUAAAGCAAUAUUUUUUAUAUUAACAACUCAAAUAAUUCUAUUGUAAAAGAAUCCUUCAUAGUAUUGAACCCCCUCAGAAUUAACACCCUACUCUACAUACUGUAGAUGCUAGCUGCUUUUAGCUGACUGUUUUCAGCCCACAUAUUCAGUCAAGCUGACUGCGCGCCACUUUCCAGUCAAAAAUAGUAAAAAAAAAUAGUGUGGAUGGUAAAGAAAGUCUACCCUUUGCUGAGCUGGACACACAGAUGUUUUUCUCAGGAGUUUGCGAAAAUGAACGUGCAUAUUGGACUCAUAUUUUUCAGGUGGCCUGUAGGAUGAUAAUGUUGCUCUGUAUCUGCUGGAUGUUUAAUUAUGCACAGAUGUUAGCCAUUGCAGCUCCUUUUGGUUUGUGGUCAAAAAUGGCUUAAUGCAGCUGCAAAAUAUGCAUCGUUAACAAGUCCAUGUUUGAUCAGCAGCUCCACAUAUGCAAGCACGACACUGUUUUCAAGUAUCCAUGGGACCCAGGCUUGGCACACAUUGUCUUUGUGUGUCUGGAUGCUUUGGGUAAUGUGCCAUAUCAUUAUUUGAACUGCAUACAGAACACACAGUACACCUGGUGCCUCAUUAGGUUAAACCUUUACGACGGAGUCUGAAAAACCACGUUUUGCCUCUGUUACUGUCGGGUUAAAUACACUACAUCAACCUUUAAACCUCAAGUUGAUUCAGCCUCCUCUCUGCAGAGUUCUACCAAAGAAUAUGAAAGAGAGAUGAAACAGUGUCCAGAGGCCAAAUGUGUACCAGCUAAUUCAAUCCAGAGCACUGGGUUUAUUGAGUUUAGUGAGGAGACAUCACACAUGUUUUCAGGUUUCUAUGGACGUCGGUCUGCAUCUCAUUACUCCCCAAUGGGGAGGAGCAUAACAUGCUGUCAUUGCUUUACCUACUUAGUCUGUCUUUGAACUCUCCAUAGUUGGAGUUUUUCAGGAUGUCUAGCUAGUGUAGCAGGACAAAGGGAAAAGGAAGGAUUGUGAUGUAGCUGAGAUGUACUGUCAUGCCUCCGUGUUUCUGCACAGCAGAAAAUGCCAUUCAGUUUGCCUGUGGUGUCGGUGCUAAAUCACAAAAGGCCUUAUCGUGUCAUUUUUUUCCCUGAGUUUAGCUGUAAGUAUGAUAAAACGUCUGAUGAAUGAAAGCAAUAAGACGGAGACGCAGAGGUUCAAUCUCAGCACCAGCAGGGACAGAAGGUUGCAUGCAUGCUUGUGAGUGCCUGGAAUACCAAAGUGGACAUUUGGCACGACCAAUUCAUUUACAUCGAGAAAUGCUCCCUGCUAAUAGCUCCACUGAGUUGGCAUUUUGAAAUCUAUGAGUGUAGUUUUUAGCCUCAUAUUUCCUCCAGUUGUCCGUCUGUGCAGAUGUUCAAAUGUUAAUUGCAUUCAUUGACGUUCUCUGACAUUCUGUGCCAGAAUUACUGUUUAUAUUUUUAGGAAAUGUUCAACAUCUCAGUGUACUAUUAACACACUCUGAGCUGUCUGGUGCAAAACCAGAGCAAGCAGAGGGUUUACAAGAAUAGUAGUCCUGUUCAGAGGCUUUGACACAGUUAAAAUAUCGCUCCCUCACACCGCAGACAACCACGUUGGGCAGAGGUUUUAUUCGUGCCAGCAUUUUGGGUACAAGUGGUUUCGUUGCUCUGAAGCCCAUUCUUCAAACACAGUUUUACAAUCUGUUACAGAAGGACUGAAAUGUAGUGGUUCACUAUCAGACUGAAUGUAUGAAUACUGUCAACAAGACCGAAGUGGAUAAAGUAGGGCUUGGUGAUAUGGAGAAAAACAAACAUCAAGAUGUUUUUGACCCAUUGGUGCUUUCACAAAAUACUUACAAUAUCCAAAAUCUAACAUGAUAUCUAGUCUCAUUUCAAUAUGUUGCCCAGCCCUUCGGAAAAGCUCAUGCACACUGUUCUGUGGGAAACGAGCUUUAUGGUUCAAACAACAGCAGACACACCUCUGAUCACUUGCCUCUCCCUACUGGUCAGACUGCUUACUGCAUUUGUUUGAAUCAGAGCUGUAAUGUUGUAGCUCCUCUCACACGAGGUCUUGUUUUCUACUUGAAGCUUUUUUGUAUUUAGGCCAAAUCUGCUUUUGUUUUACUUCUAAAUUUACUAAGAAGCUGAAGUGAAGUCAUGAAGAGCACAUGAACUUGUGCUUCUGGCUUCAUCUGACAAAACACAGUAAAGAUUUCAUUUUAUGAAUAGGCCAAAUGAUGGUGCUGCUCAUGCUGCUCUGGCGAGAAACAUUUUGUCAUUACACAUUUACUGAGAGUGUGUAUUGUACUAAAUAGUGUUUGCAUGUUACAAAGCUAUAAUAAUUGUAUCCGUAAUGCCCGUUUCCAGUCAAACACUACAAAAAAUGUCACAUCAGAAAUUUUCUUUCAGUCAAAUUCACAUUGCAUUUAAUAUUUGGCAUCCUUGUCACAUCACCCACUCACUGUCUGUCCCUUUUUUCCCUCACAUACUCUCUGAACUUUGCACUCAGGAAAAUGUUACGACACCAGCUGCAUCGUUUGAUUCAAAGCAGAAUGAGCACUGCUUGCUUCUGCCUUUUUGUUGUCUUUGUUUAAGAAGUGGCAUUCUUUUCGUUUAUGAGGAUUUUUUUUAUUUGUUUUGUGUAAUUUAGUUUGUUAACCGUGUUAAUUGAGACUCUGUAAAGCUUAAAAAGAAACAUUCCUAUAUAGUUAGCUUGUGAGAAUGCUUGUGCUGCUCACACCAACGUGGUUAAAUAUCUGCAAGAAAGACUAGCUCACUCAUGCAAUCAGUAGAUCAUUGGUGAGAGCAUUCUGACAAACUAGCAUCUGUAAAACCUCAGAAAUCAGUUACUUCAUACCGUUGAAAUGCAAAAUGCUCCCUACGUGCCUUAUAUUGUUUUGAUAAUGAAAACCAAAGAGGUUUAGGUUGUAAAUUCUAUUUUGAUGAAAAGUCGUAUGAUUGUAUAUAUAUGCCUUAAUGUUCAAUAAAUAAAAACUGUUAAGAAAACUUA